AUGGAAGGGAGUAAUCAGACUUCCGUGACCUAUUUCAUUAUUAAAGGCAUUUCGGAGGUCCCUGGGCUACAGAUUCCGAUCUUCAUCCUUGUUCUGCUCAUUCUCCUCUUGACCCUUGGUGGUAACGUGACUAUUGUGCUGCUUGUCUGCUUGGAACGUCAGCUGCACACUCCAAUGUACUUCUUCCUAUGUAACUUGGCUGUCCUGAACAUGUGUUCCUCUACAGUCACCUCACAUAAGAUCCUUGUCAUCUUUGUAUCUGGGCAUAACACAGUUCCUUUUCUUAACUGCAUUCUACAGUUCUAUGUCUUCUCCAGCUUAGCAUGCAAUGAGUUGCUUAUUCUGACGGCAAUGGGUUUUGACCGCUACGUAGCCAUCUGUAAACCGUUACAUUACCAACUGGUCAUGAAUCCAAGAGCCUGUGUGCUGCUGGCAAGUGCCUGCUGGACAUUGGGGUUCUUAGAAGUCGUUCCUUACGUCGCCUUAUUAUCUACGUUUUCUUGCUAUACAUCGAACGCAGUCAACCACUUUUUUUGUGAUCUCAAGCCUCUGAUGAAUCUCUCCUGCAGCGAUACGUCCGUUUUGGAGAUGCUGAGUCUCAUUGAAGGGUUGUUGCUUUUAAGUCUAACCCCUUUUCUCCUUACCUUUAUCUCGUAUGUCUUCAUUAUUGUCGCCAUCAUGAAGAUCCAAUCUAAAGAUGGCAGGCGUAAGGCAUUCUACACGUGUUCCUCCCAUCUGACAGUCGUCAUUCUUCUGUACGUAACCCUCGUCUGUCAGUAUCUGAGACCAACUUCAGGUAAAGCUCUGGACUCCAAUAAACUUUUCUCUCUCUUUAACACGACUGCUGUCCCCAUGCUAAACCCGCUCAUCUACAGCUUGAAAAAUAAAGAUGUGACAUCGGCACUAAGACGAAGAUUCCACUUCUGUAAGGUUGGGGUGUAA